UAUGUGUACUGCUUGUGACAAAAAACAAAAACUCGAGUAACCAUCGAUAAGCACAUAAGCAAUGGCAAUUAAUAUCAUAUAAGAUUUUCAAUACAAUUAUCACGGUAAGCCAGAAAAAGAAUUGAUUAGCGACAAACCAUCCUACUCAUUUUCUCUCAUGUCUUCAUGUGCAUAUAAGAAGGAAAUGGCACUAGUAUUUUCAGGUCAAGUAAAUUCAAAUCAUGACAGGUAGUUUUAAUAGGUUAAGAAACUUGUUUAUAAACAAAACCUUUAGUUUGAAACAAAAGUAGUGGUUUCUAAAAAAAUAUGUAGUAAAGUAAACACAGUAAGAAACGCUGUAAAGUGCCGAAAAACCUUGACAAACCUAACUUUUUUAGUUCUAUUUUAGGUAUUAUAACAAUUUAGUAAUAAUAACUUCUCAAUGGGAGUUAUACUGUUACAAUCACAUAUUACUCACUACUACUGUAAACAACGUCUCUGAAUGAAGGUAUUCUUAUGUGCCAACAUAAUACAUUUUAUGUAUUUUUCCGUCUCGUAUUAUUACAGGAAAAUAUUUCCAAUUUUAAAUUACUCUUUAUGUUAUAGUUUACUUUGAACAAGUUAACAUACGUUUGCUUCAAGCUAUACUUAAAAAUAUUCAAAUAUCGAGUAGAGCCACAUUGCAUCUACCUAUGACAUAUUUUAAACUUAGUGAGUCAACUACAGAAAAACCAUCAGUUAUUAUAAGAUUUGAAAUAUGUACAUUGGAAUUUAAUGUAAUCUUCCAGCUAACGCUAAGCACAAGCGAUUACAAUAUACGUAAUAUUAGAGCGAGAAUAAUUGGAAAUUUAUCAUAGUUGUAUUAUUGACUCUUAGUUUAUUAGUUAACUUGAGAUCUCUAAUCAUCAGCCAGACUUAAAACAGUGUUCUUCAGUGUUCGUGUGAAAAUAUUACUUUUAUGAAUUAAAACAGAAAUAAACUCGUAAUAAUAUGGUGAAGUCGUGCUCCGCUUUAAAUUGCCUCGAAAGAUGGGAAAGGAAUAUUAAGAAAAAAUUUCACAGAAUCCCUCAAAAAGACCUCGAAUUAAGAACAAAAUGGUUAAACGCUUUGAGAAGAAUAAAUUACGACCCAAAAGACGCAUUUAUCUGUGAGAAACACUUUACCGCUAGUGAUUAUGAAAUUAACGUCCAUGGAAAUAAGAAUCUAAAAAAAGGGGCUGUUCCAUCGGUAUUUGAGUUUACCGGUCGUCCUUCAAAACGUACUUCUAAACAGAUAAAGCCACAAAGGUUAGCAAGUGUCCAAGAUGCGGUCAAGAAGAGCCAAUUAAGCGGCGAUGAAACAAAGAAUGGAAAAGAAGCAUUCUUGAACGACGAUGAAAUUGAAGCAAAUCUUUCAUCACCAAUAUCCGCGGAAAAUCAACAACAAAGUGAUGAAGAGAGACCAAUAACAAAUGAUAGCGUAAAACAUGCCAGUGCAGGUUUUUUAAAUAAAUCAACUGAAGAAGAUCCUUCCCCAUUAAAGAGUGAAGCAGUUUACAUCAAAUCUGAAAUUAUGAAUCAGCUGGCAUUGGUUCAUUUUCAACCUGAUGAGCUCGAGACAAAUAAACGGCUUCAAAUAAGGAAAGAAACGGCUGACAACUUUGAAAAUUUGAAGACAAAGCACUUAGACCAGCCAGAAAUGCAGCAUCAAUGUGCAGUAUUCGAUUCUACUGAAACAAAAGAUUAUUCGACCUCAGAAAAUGAAGAAUCUAAAAUCAAAUGUGAAACGCCUUUAAAGCAAUCUCGAAUGCGACUUGACCCAAACAAAAUGGAUAAUGUUUCAAGCAUAUCGGCAUUAAAUGACUCAACUGAAGAUCAUCCUUCGACUGCGAACAGUGACGAGCACCAAACCAUAUCUUACAAAAGGAACCGUCGAGAUCCAAUUUAUUUUGGCGACUUUGAAAAUGCAGACCUGGAUUGUCCAGUGAAACGCUCGAGAUUCUGGCGAGUUGCUCAUGAAAUUGUUUUAAAGCAAAAGCAGCGCAUUAAGUACUAUCAGUGUAAAGAGCGAAGACAAAACGACCAAAUUUUAAAACUUAAACGACUUCUCAAAGAAGCAACAAGGACGGAAUGCGAAAAGGCCAAAUAGCAGACGUUACCGAUAAAUUUUGACUUAAUGAAUCUUUAACUGGGAUGAAUUCAGUGGCUGCAGUUAUGGAGUUGGAGCAUUCCAGAGAUUCGUCUCCAACACCCCCACACACUCUAACAUCAAGUUUGCCGCCUCCUUUACCAAUGAGGCCCAGCAAAGUAACUCCAAACUUACAAACAGAGCUGCUAGAAGCUGGAUUGCAAACGCAACGAAUCGAAGAGCCUUUAGAUCUAGAAGGAGACGACAUUUCUCAGCAUAUGACUCAAUCGUACAGUGAAAUUUCCUUUAAAUCAGGCUUCAGUCCUGAUGUUGAAGAGCAUGAAAGUCUUGUGAUGGAUUUAGAUUCCGUGAAAAUUGAUGAACAGUUCAGUAAGAGGCCUGUUACAUUACCUUCUGAAAAGCGAAGUGAGAAGCCCCUUAGACCACUUAAUUUAGAUGGUACUGUACAUGUAGAAGGUAAUAUGACCCAUUUUGUAGCAGAGGAUUUGGAGACGAAAAUAAAACUGUCCAGUCCCGUAACGAAAAAGAAUGAUACUCCAACUAAUUCGCGGAGCGGAACUCCAAGUACUUUGUACAGGCAAUUAUUAGAUCCCCAACUUGGUCAGAUAGACGUGGCCCUGAUAAAUGAUUUGGAAUGUGAAGCACAUCGCAUGGCUACUUCUGUAGACAACCUAAUUGAGAAUUUGAGUGGGAUUCUACAUUCAGUGUCUUCUAUCACAGCAGAUAAUGUGGAUAUUUACAAAAAUGCUGUAUCAAAAAUGUCUGAUUCCAUGGAUGGUAAUAUUAAAAGCAUGUAUAAGAUGAUGGCUAAGGCAGAGGAAAUUACCAAAAAUAUGAAAGGCGUAGAAGUUCAAGCAGCUAAAAUAAAGGAAGUAAAAAAACUGGUUGAUUUAUUUGAGUCUUUUGUAUAGUUAAGCAGUUUCAUUGCUUGGAUAUUUAUCUAGUUUAUGUUAAGUUAUUUGUGGAAGCCACUGUAAUUGGCCUGUUGGUACAAUUGCUACCGCGAUCUCAUUUAUGGGUUAUUGUUAUUGACUAUUUAAUUAAUAAAUACAUGUUUGUUUUUA